UCCCGGAGUGAACAGGGAUGGGUGGGGGGAGAUCGAGGAGGAGUGGGAGGGGAAAGCAACCCCUGUUCAGUUUCUGGUCCUGUGCUUCAGGGCCCCCUGAGAUUGGGAUAGGAUCCCAGGGACUGAGGUUCUGGGCUCGGCCUCUUUCCUUGCUCUGCUGGCUGGCGGGAGGAAGCGCUCGCCAGCUGGACGCCCCCUCCCCCUCCUCUGCCUCGCUGCCACCCCCACCCCGGCUGGAGUCCAGCUCUUGCAUUUCAACUGUUGGGUUUAGCUCUUGGGGACUUUUUUGUGUUUGUAUAUUUCCUCCUCUUUCUCCUUUGUUACUCCGAAAAUCCUUCCAGGCUGGAGGGAGGGACGACCGGGUUCUCAUGGAAGGCUGCUGCCGCUAAGUACCCCCUCCUCAGCCUUGAAAGUACUCGAGGGAAAAAAAAAAAAAAGGCUCCCCCUACUCCCCGCUCCGACCCGUUGCCUGCUUUCUCUCCGCUGUAGCCAGCUGCUACAGCUCGGGCUUCAUUGAUGCUUAACGGAUGUGCCUGCAGCCUGGGACUGAUCUACAACAACAGGUCGUGCACAAUGCCCCCCAUCAGUUUCCAGGACCUCCCGCUCAACAUCUACAUGGUCAUCUUUGGCACAGGCAUCUUUGUCUUUGUACUCAGUCUCAUCUUCUGCUGCUACUUUAUCAGCAAACUCAGGCACCAGGCACAGAGUGAGCGGUAUGGAUAUAAAGAGGUGGUACUGAAAGGUGAUGCUAAGAAGUUACAUUUAUAUGGGCAGACUUGUGCUGUCUGCCUAGAAGACUUCAAGGGGAAAGAUGAGCUUGGUGUGCUACCUUGUCAACAUGCUUUCCACAGGAAGUGUCUGGUGAAGUGGCUGGAAGUCCGAUGCGUCUGUCCUAUGUGCAAUAAACCCAUCGCUGGCCCCCCAGAGGCCACUCAGAGCAUUGGCACCCUCCUGGAUGAACUGGUCUGAAGACCGCCUUUUCCCGAGGACUCAGACACCUAAAUGCCAAGUGCCUGCCUGGUCUACUCUUUAACUGCAUGGCCUACAGUGUAGCAGGUGCCCCUUGGGGCCGUCCCUUUAGCUGGAAAGAGAAUGGGCAGGCUGGUCCUUGCCCUUCCUUAUGAAGGGGUAAAGUCCAGAGCCUCCUUCUCCUUCUGUCUCCCUUCUCCAGCGCUCUGACACCUCCUUCCCUGCUACUCUACCUUGUUGAUGUCGCUCACAGGUCAGGGUUGCUAGAUUGUGGUGCUGGACUUUCUACUUGUCAUUUGCUGUAGAGAAAUUAGACAUCUCCUGACACAAUGAAAGGUUUGGGUCUGAGCAAAAAAAAAGACCAGGGGCCAUCAGGGAAAUCAAGCCCAUUAUUCUUCAGGAUGAUCAGGACUAGGCUAGUCACCCCACCCAGGCAGGAACUUCUUCAUUAGAUUCUCACAGUUGUUCCUUGAUGGGGAGGAAGGGAUGAGGCAGGCCCUGUCCCCAUUGGUAAUUCUUCCUCUCUUUCCUCACCUACCUUCAAGCAGAUAUCUGGGAGGAAAGAAGGGGAUACAAAGAGUAAGGCACAGGUUGGGGGUGGGGGGUGUAGUGGAUAACAAGUUCUGCCUGUGGCAGAGAUGAUGGAGGGCCAAUAGGCCACCUCCAUACUUUUUUU